AUGCCUCGGCCCGGCCGCAACACGUAUAGCGACCAAAAGCCGCCCUACUCCUACAUCUCGCUGACCGCCAUGGCCAUCCAGAGCUCGCCCGAGAAGAUGCUGCCGUUGAGCGAGAUCUACAAGUUAAUCAUGGACCGCUUCCCCUACUACCGGGAGAACACGCAGCGCUGGCAGAACAGCCUGCGCCACAACCUCUCCUUCAACGACUGCUUCAUCAAGAUACCGCGGCGGCCAGACCAGCCGGGCAAGGGCAGCUUCUGGGCGCUGCACCCCAGCUGCGGGGACAUGUUCGAGAACGGCAGCUUUCUGCGGCGCCGCAAGCGCUUCAAGGUGCUGAAGUCCGACCACCUGGCGCCCAGCAAGCCCGCCGACGCCGCACAGUAUCUGCAACAGCAGGCCAAGCUGCGCCUCAGUGCGCUUGCGGCCUCCGGCACGCACCUGCCACAGAUGCCUGCUGCCGCCUACAACCUGGGCGGCGUGGCGCAGCCCUCGGGUUUCAAGCACCCCUUCGCCAUAGAGAAUAUCAUCGCUCGAGAGUACAAGAUGCCUGGGGGGCUGGCCUUCUCCGCCAUGCAGCCCGUGCCCGCCGCCUACCCGCUCCCCAACCAGUUGACUACCAUGAGCAGCUCGCUGGGCACUGGCUGGCCGCACGUGUACGGUUCCGCAGGCAUGAUCGAUUCGGCCACCCCCAUCUCCAUGGCUAGUGGCGAUUACAGCGCCUACGGCGUGCCACUGAAGCCACUGUGCCACGCAGCAGGCCAGACGCUGCCCGCCAUCCCGGUGCCCAUCAAGCCCACACCGGCCGCAGUGCCCGCGCUGCCCGCGUUGCCUGCGCCCAUCCCCACCUUGCUCUCGAACUCGCCGCCCUCGCUCAGCCCCACGUCCUCGCAAACAGCCACCAGCCAAAGCAGCCCCGCCACUCCCAGUGAAACGCUCACCAGCCCCGCCUCCGCCUUGCACUCGGUGGCGGUGCACUGA